AUUACAUGAAAAUAUCGAGGCAGUUCUGCGAAAAUAGUAAAAUAAAAAUUCUUCCAUAAUUCAAAAUUCUCCACAUAUUUCAUUUUAUUCCGCUAUAAAUAAGUUGCAACGCAAUCCCCGUGUAAACCAUCCACCAAACUUCUCAUACCAAUCCACAUACCAAAAAAAAAAAAAAAAAAAACAAAGAAACGAAAAAAAAAACCUUCACCGCCGGUGACAAUGGCCGCCGUGAAUCUCCGACCCGACGGUGACAAUUCACUACUCAUUUCCCAUCUAUACAACCCUGAAAUUUACACCCAAAUGUUACCCCAACAAGAUACGGCAGAGGGAAAUAAGCCGACGAAGCGGCGGCGGGAGGAGGAGCAAAGCGAAGAGGGCGGGGGGGCUGGGGCGGCGGGUUGAAGAAGAGGAAGCUUGAGUUCAGAGCAAGUGAAGCUGUUGGAGAUAUUUUGGAGUGAACACAAAUUGGAAUCGGAGAGGAAAGAUCGAUUGGCUUCGGAAUUGGGACUUGAUCCACGGCAAGUCGCGGUUUGGUUUCAGAACCGCCGUGCACGGUGGAAGAAUAAGAAGAUGGAAGAGGAAUAUUCCACUCUUAAAAAAGCUCAUGAUUCUUUGUUCUUCUAACAAAAAUCCCAUCUUGAAUCUGAGAUGGUGAAGCUGAAAGAGCAAUUGGCAGAAGCAAAGAAUGAAAUUAAAAAAUUAGUAGAAGGAAGCGAGAGAAUAUCAAGCAAUAAUAGUCCAAGCUCUUCGGUGACAAUGGAAGCAAUGGAGGAAGCAGUGCCUUUGGGAGAGCUAUUUUUGGAAGAAUAUGAAGAUGUAUUCUAUUGCAUGCAAGAACACAAUUACAAUCAAGGAAUGGACUGGCUUAAUCUUAAUUAUAUGUAGAUUAAUUUAGAUAUUUAUUAUGUAAUUCACUAAUUAAUUACUCUUUAGUUUUGUGGAUAUAGUCAUAGAAUAUUAGAUCAUCUAAUGUACAUCUCUCUCCCUCUCUUUCCUUCUCUCUAACUAGUGUUAUUUUUCAGAACUUGGAAUUAAUUAAGGAUAUAAUUAAUUGUCUAAUUAUCUC